AUGUUUGAAAAACUUAAAGAAUUAGAAGCUACACUAAAAAAUUUUAGAAAAGGUGAACUAAAUACAAGUGACACACCUGUCACAUCAAUAGUGUGUCCAAAAUAUUUUAGUAAAGAAGAAUACAUUGAACUUAUUGAAUAA